AUGCACUUCUCUCCCCUGGGUGUGCUGGCGUUGCAUCUUUUUCGUUUGCUGCUGUCUGUCUCUCUCGCAGCAACAGACGUUCUCCCCGACUCACCAGAUACCCAAGCAGCAACAACAGCAGCAACAGCAGCAGCAGCAACAGCUGCUGCUGCUGCUGCUGCUGCAACAGCAGCGGCAAAGUCAGCCACAGCAGCUGCAGCAGCAGCAGUAGCUGCCUCAUCCCCUUCGGGAGUCAGCGAAGAAGACUCACACGAGCAUGACCGCCUAGAUCAGCAGCAGCAGCAGCAGCAGCUGCAGCAGCAGCAGCAGCAGCAGCAGCAGCAGCAGCAGAACGAUACUUUCUCGCUGCUCUGGCUGACAGACAUUCACUUGGAUCCACUGUAUGACCCCAAGGGCCCCGUAUCGAAUUUCUGUCAUCCGCGCAAGCCGCUGUAUGACCCCAAGGGCCCCGUAUCGAAUUUCUGUCAUCCGCGCAAGCCGCAUGCAGCAGCAGCAGCAGCUGCUGCUGCUGCUGCUGCUGCUGCUGCUGCCCGCCGGCGGCCUCCCCAGAGCUCUCUGCUACUUAUGCGAAGCCGCAGGUUGAUGAGCCUUUUGUUGUCGAGGGACAAACAGCAGCAGCAGCAGCAACAGCGACAGCAACAGCAGCAGCAGCAGCAGCAGCAACAGCAGCAGGAUGAACUGCAGCAGCAGCUGCUGCAGCAGCAGGAGGAGCAGCACGCCCACAACCACAACCAUCAGCGGCGGCAACGCCACCAAAGGGGGAGGAGGCGUGGUCAACUACAGCAGCAGCAGCAGUGUAUGACCCCAAGGGCCCCGUAUCGAAUUUCUGUCAUCCGCGCAAGCCGCAUGCAGCAGCAGCAGCAGCGCAAGAGAAGGCGCUGGGGUUUCAACCGCCGCGAUUGGCGGCGUCGCAGCACAGCAGCAGCAGCAGCAGCUGCUGCUGCAGCAGCAGCAGAAACAGCCCCUGAACUGGGCCGUGCAGGCUGCGACUCCUCUCCCGCCCUUGUAGAGAAGGCGCUAGACUUUGCUGCUGCUCUUGCUGCUCCAGUGACGGCGGAUACAGCAGCACCUGCUGCAGCAGCAGCACCUGCUGCAGCAGCAGCACCAGGUGCAGCAGCAGCAAAUGCUGCUGCUGCAGCUGAGGUGUAUACGCUGCCUCCUGUUGCUGCUCUGCUGCUGACGGGUGAUUAUGCUGCUCACUACCCCGACUCUCAACUCGAAAACAGGAAGGAGGCGUUGCGUCAGUGGACUCGGGCCUUAUUUGAACGUUUCCCGCAGCCAUGCGGCGAAGCAGCAGCAGCAGCAGCAGCAGCAGCAGCAGCAGGAACAGCAGCAGCAGCAGCAGGAGAAGUGUCCUCGGACCCUCACCAUCACGAUCACCAUCAUCAUCAUCAUCACCAUCAGCAGCAGCAGCAGCAGCAGCAGCAGCAGCAGCAGCAGCAGCAGUGCAUGCAGCUGCUGCUGGUUGUAGGCAACAACGACAUGCCCAUAGAUUACCUCAUCCCGCAGCAGCACUCGCAAAGAGCAGCAACACCCACAGCAACAGCAGCACCAGCAAUAACAGAAUCUGCUGCGGCAUCAGCAACAAAAGCCAAAGCAGCAGCAGCAGCAGCAUCAGCAACAGCAGCAGCAGCAGCAGCAGCAGCAGUAGCAGCAGCAGCACCAGCACCAGCACCAGCACCAGCAGCAGCAGCAGCAGCAGCAGCAGCAGUAUUGUGUAAGCUGCAGCAGCUGCAGCAGAAGCAGCAGCAGCAGCAGCAGCAGCAGCAGCAGCAGCAGGAGCAGCAGCAGGAGCUGCUGCAGCAGAAACAGGAGGAGACACAGGGAGAGAUAGAAACAGCAGAGACAGAGCAGCAAACUGAAAAAGAAGAAGCAAGAAAAGAGGAAACAGAAGACGACACAGACCCAGCCGGGCAAUUUGAGUGGAUGGAGCAGCAGCUGCAGGAGGCGCGUGAGCAGGGGCAGCAGGUGGUGAUAGCGGGCCACAUACCCCCCGGCUUCGACUCCCAUCUGGGGCUGGGCUUCUCGCAGAUGAGUCUCUGGCUGCCUCAGUAUACAGAAAGGUAUCGUUCGCUGGUGACGCGCUACGCGGAUGUGCAUUUGGUGGAGGCCUUCGGCCACAUUCAUUUUGGGCGUUUGCGUUCCCUGGUGCCUAAGGAAGAGGAGACAGCAGCAGCAGCAGCAGCAGCAGCAGCAGCAGCAGCAGGGGCAGCAGCAGCAGGAGGAGAAGCAGCAGGAGCAGCAGAUACCUCCUCGCAUGCUGCAGCACCAGCAGCAGUAGUGCUGCUGGGGGCCCCUUCUCUGUCUCCUAUUCACGGCAACAACCCGGCUCUGGGGGCCCUUAUCUUUGGCCCUUCAGCAGCAGCAGCAGAAGCAGCAGAAUCAGCAGCAGCAGCAGCAGAAGCAGCAGCAGCAGCAGCAGCAGCAAAGCAACGACAUCUCCCUCUCGCAUUAAAAGACUACAUUCAGUUUAGUUUGCCUCUGUAUGGUUUUGUGGGCCCCUGGGAGAUCAACAGCAGCUCUGCUGCUGCUGCUGCAGCAGCAGCAGCAGCAGCAGCAGCAGCAGCAGGAGCAGCAGCAGAGCCGCAGUUUGCCUUCGAAUACAGCCUGCAGCAGACGUUCUCCCCUUUUAGUACGCAGCUGCGAGAUGCUUUCUUUCUCCGAGCAAGAACUUAA